AUGGAGAGCGUCCUCUACGACUCCAAUUCAGCCAACUCUUUCAGGGAAUUUAUGCGGCUUAUUCCAUCAAGCUCGGCGCUCCUUCAUACGAUCUUAUCGAUCGCAGCCUUGCACCAAGCCCAGCGAAAAAUUGAUGGCCGUUACAUCAAAUUUCAGCAGCUACUAUACAUCGAAAAUGGUACUGUUCUAGAACGCGCGACGACCACGUCGGAACAACCAUCUGCCAUAUACGACGCUUUGAUGCAUAAGCAACAUGCUUUGAGACAUAUGCAAAAAGAAUUACUAAAUUCUGACUUUUGCAAUUUCGAUGGCACAAUUGCUUCAAUCCUGUUAUUAGUGUGGCAGGACUUGAUGGAAUCUGGAAUAGAUUCAUGGAGAUAUCACUUGGAUGCACUGAAGGGAGUUGUGCAGAAAAGGAACUGCUCUUCAAAAAAACAGAAUACGAAAAUGCAGGGCUUCGGUUCUCUAAGCCUUUAUGAGCAUUUUGAAAUGACGUAUGCAACUUUUCAAGUUCUAGGCACGACUUUUGUGAGAACCAAACAAUCUUAUCAUCCCUUGUUUUCUACGACCCCUACAAUUCAAAUCAUGAAACUCUCCGAUGGCCAAUCAUGGGCCGGAUGCCCAGCAGAGCUUCUCUACGUCAUUUCCCUUCUCAACAACAUUACAGGAUCCCAGCCAGUAACUUCUGGUUUCAAAACACACCUUUUGUCUACCUUCGAGGAUUUUUCGCCGAUGAAAUGGGCAAUUGCAAGUGAAAGCCCUAGUCUCAUGAAGCCCAGAUAUCAUUUUGCAAGUGCGUAUAAGGAAGCCGUUGCUAUUUACAUGUAUCAGGUUAUGCAUGAGCUAUGUGAAAGGAAUUCUGUUGGAAUACCCAUCGCGGUUUCAAUUGAUUCAAUCAUUUUACAUAUCCGAUCUCUCUGUCAUGAGGAUGCUCAUUUUAAGUGCUUGGUAUGGCCUGCAUUUGUUAUUGGAGCGGAAGCGCGGCAGGAAUCCCAAAGGGUGGCAAUUAUUCAAGUGUUUGAGCACCUUUGGACUAUUUGGCGUUGUCAGAAUGUGAAAAAUGCAUUGAAUGUGCUUACGGAUUUGUGGGCUCGACACGAUCAAAGAGGAUAUUCUGGCCCGUGGAUCGGCGAUAUUCAUGGAUGGGGGAUGGAUUGGAUCUUUAUUUAA